UGAAGCUUGCGCCCAUCGCGUGCAGUUGACGGUUGGCGGGAUUCACGUGAAGACGUACCACGCAGUUUAUUCGUUUGGCUUGAUGGCAAUCGUGUGUGAUAUUGUAACACUGUUCAGGAGAAUUGUGUUAAAGUUGAUGUGACAUUCUAACCAGUUUAUCGAACCAGAAAUCUAGUAUCUUAAAAUGAUGUGUUGUUUGUUUGACGAGAACGAAGAAUCAGGUGCAGGUGAUAAGAAUAACAAUCAACUAUUUGCAUUUAUAUCCAAGUGAUAUCGUUAAAAGUGCUCCAUACAAGAAACACAGUUUAUACACAAACAACAUUUGUUUCAAGCCAAACGAAUAUCAUCGAUUGCAAAUUAUAUGCAUUCCACCUCAACCUAUCAUCAAUCAUUGCUUUAGAUUGCAUACACUGAUAUCAAUCCAACCGAUCAAGAACUCAUCCACAUCAACAUCCUCCCGGGUCUCGCUAUAUCUCGUGACUAGCACGCGAGUACAUCGAAAUGAUCACCGACAGCAGCAGUAUAACAGCGGCCGCAGUUCUAUGUGUGCUCCAGCUGAUAUCAGCAUCACCUCCCCAACAACAACAACAACAACAGCCGCCACAACCCCAGUUCCAGAAAAACUGCGGACUCUACGGCCAGAUGCCGUGCACUUUUGUUCCGGCUCCACCCGGAAUUACGCCGAAGUGUGCUUCACCGGGAAAGACGUUUUGCGAGCAGAAUCCCGAAUAUCCCACCCACUUAAUCCAGCGCCUGGUUGAGCAAUUGGGCUAUCAACGCAUCCUCGCCAACGAAGAUCGUGUGGACUUUAACAUGAAUCGCGAAUGGGAGGAAGAGCACCAUCACCAUCAUUAUCACCAUUUUUAUGGUCCCUCAAUGGCAAUCAGCGCCAGCUACGGUCCCCAACCUCAUAAAGUCCCGUAUCAAGGCUACAACUAUGACCUACCCAAACAGCAGCAGCAGCACUACCAGCAGAACGACAACACCGUGGCCUAUGACCAGAAACCACCGCCGAUGCCCGUACCUCAGCCCAUCUACAUCCCAAAGCCCCAGCACUCGUUCAAUUAUCACACAUACGUGAGACCUCCAGCGAACCAAAGCACCCAAAAGUCCAGUUCACCCGGGGCCGGUGGCUACUUCUAUCCUCAACCCUCAACCCCAUUCAGUCCAGCCGAAUGGCUGAGACGAUUCGCACGUGACCUUACUGAAAAGCAGACCCCUGCGAGGGGUUUUAGCUACCAUCGUGUGGCUGGACCAAGUCCUUCGCCAUCCCCCUUCAAGCUACCGCCAGAGCUUGAAGUAAGACCAUCUCCCUUUCGGUUGGUGAACGAAUCGGUGUAUCAUGACACGGUCGCACGAUCACGUCAGAAGCGCCAGGUCACCGACGGCCGGACAGAGCUUUGCCAGACGCGCGAGAUGUACGUUACGCCGCAGGCUGCCCUAAACACCAAGGUUUCGUAUCUUCGUUUACUGUGUGCUACUAGGCAACUGGAUGUACAUCGUAAAUCACGAGGAAUCGCGGCAGCUGGUGAAAGCGGAGAUAUGCACGUCAAGCGAGUGCUCCAAUCUGUGCAGCCUCCCGAAUGGGUACAACUCCCGGUGUGAGCAAAAGUUCUCUCAGAAGCGGCUCUUGACGCUGGACGCCGAUGGGCAGAGUUUGUACGUCGACACCUAUUGGUUCCCGAGCUGCUGCGUGUGCACCUUGGCGAUGAACACCUGAGAGGCUGGAUUGUGGGCGUGGUGACACUUUUGGUCUGGAAACAUUGCAUGGAUGCAGCAAAUGCGGCAUAACAACUUUGUUGUUUAAUAAUUGUGAGUAUGAGAUUAUUGUAUAAAGUGUGGAAAAUAUAAUAUGACAGAGAGUAGUGCGGUUGUUGAAUGGAGCAACAAACUAGCUGAGCAGAAGCAAAUGUGAUUUUUGAUUUUUAGGAUCAUCAUUUUUUUAGUAUUCAAGUAGCAUUAAAAGUCGCUUAGCAUUGUUGCUUACCCAGAAAUUAAUAUACAUCCAUAAUAUACACAAAAUUAUUAUACCUAAUUUAUUGCAUAAUAUUAUAUAAAUAAAGUAGGACUACUGAAGUUACCUUAUUUAUAAAAA